AUGCCUCCCAACUUCUUGGACCGUCAGGUCCUGAGCCCCUUCGUUGACGGAAGCUCUGUCACGGCUCGCAGCGCGAUGCCUUCUACCAACGGACAUUCAGUAACACAGCCCUGGAGGCCACACCUCGUCGGCAGCAAACGGCUCGCUAUCCCUUCUUUUUCGACCUUGACCCGUCGUAAUGACGAUGGCCAGGAACAUAUGAUCAACUUGAUGCUCACUGUCCUUGGGCUUGUCUUUUUCGCCCUUAUUCUCGCCUCCCUUCUCUACCUCUUCCACCGACGACGACGCCUUCAGCGCCUUCGCAACGGCACCUUGCCAACCUAUGAGGACGUCAAGCAGACCAACCCUCAUGGCCUUACCAUUGAGACAACUCACAAUGGCCGCUCAAGCGUCUACUAUAUCGGCCGUGACGGCCAACCCAUGCUUCAGAACCCUCAGUCGCCGCCUCAUUCUCCAGACAACGUCCCGCAAAUUCACAUUACCUUCCCGGACGAACAUGAUGAACAUGGUCGUGCCAAGAGCGGCCGCGUUCUGGUGGUGCGUGUUGGAGACAAUGCCACCGUUGGCCUUGAGCCCAUGCACGACGAGCAAUUGCCGGCUUACGAGAAGGAAGCCAAGGGCCAGUUCCAGUCCAUUGAUAUGGACCGGAUCGGCGGACUGAAAGAGAAGGACAGGACAAUGUUCCAAUAA